AUGCUUGAAAAUCAUGAUGAAAUUACUAUGGAAAAAAUUAAUGAACAAUAUGCUUUAUUGGAAGAAAGUAAAAAUGAUGAUUUAAAAAUGUAUAAUAUUAUCAGUCAGAUGUCUGGACAACAAAUAGAACAAUUUUUAAAAAAUUACAAAAAAACAAGUGAGGAUUUAAAAAAUACCGAUAAUUCAACAUUAAAUUUACAAAAACAAGCAGUUAUCAAAAUUGAAAAUUUUUAUUUACAAUAUAAAUUGAAGAAAAAUACACAGGAACGUUUAAAUAAAUGGGAGAAUAUUUCAAUUGCAAGGAAAAAUAUUUUAUUUGGUAAAUUAAUGGAAAAACUUGAAGAACAGUCCUGGGAUGACUCCAAGCACAAAGCUAUACGAACCCUUCAAAUGUUAAAAAGUCGUAAUGAAAAAAUUAAUAGAAAUAUAAAGUUAGGUGCAGAAACAAUUGAAAUUCUUAAUCAACGUGCUAAUAUUAUAAAUUAUAAGCUUUCUAAAUUGCAGCUAAAAAUUGAUAAAUAUGAUAUAAAAUAA